GGCCCCUGGACUUGACUCGCAUCCAUGAUUCUCAAAUUGAGCUCCAAAGUAGGCUUGACAAACACGUUGCCAGACUUAGUCAUUUUCAGGCAGUUUCCCAAUUUUGGCAUAGCCUUUUGGUCAGAUUCAAAAAAGGUCUUCUGGACUUUCUAUUGAGCUCCCAAGUACUUUAAUGUGUAGAUGGACACUUCAGCUUCAAAACAAGCCUUUAAUAUCCAAUUUCCAUCUAGCCAAUUGUAAGAUAUGAAUCUCCAAAUUAGGCACCAUGAAACUGUUUUUACACUGAAACAACUGAUUAGGUCGACCUGAUCCUAUAUGAGGUCGACCGAAAAGUGCAUGUCACCGUGACAUGUAUGUCACCGUAGCAAAGUCCUACUUUUUAAUCCGCCUUAUUUAUGGUAAAUUAAAAAAUAUAUUUAUGUAAUUAACCCGAAGGUUUCAUCAUGGUAAUCAUCUCUCACCUAUUAAUAAAAGUUAAUGCAACUUAAUUGAUAAAUUUACACAUAUAUUUGUUUAUACCGAAUGCAUCUACAUCUUACAAUAAAGGGCAUUCAAUUUAGUGGAAUACUUACUUUGCUUCAAUCUCGACCAUAAAAAAAAAAACAUUCUCAAGAUUUAGUUACGAUUCGAAAUGUAUUUUUCUAUUUAUCCAUAGAUUAUUUACUCAUACUUAUUCAAUUGAAAAAAAAUCUAAUAUUUUAAAAUUAUGUUUCGCAAUUUUGGAAUCUUAUUUAUCAUUUUUCAAAUUCACUCUUUGAUACAAAUUACAAAAAUAUAUAUCUUUUCUCGAAUUUUUCAUUGAGAUUCAGAGUCUCAUGACUCACUACUUAUGAUAUUUCAUUCUUUCCAAAAUUGUUAUUUUUCUUAGUCAUUCAUCAACCAUCAUAUAAAUUAUAGUAUGUACUGUUUAAUUGUUGAGCUUCAUCACAAUAAUGCAAACAAAUGAAUUGUUUGCCUAAUUAUCUUAACUAUCACUCCGUCUAAUAAUAUUCAUUUUCAAUGUUAUAUAUUUUAGAAUUAUACUAUACCAUACCGAUGUAACUUUUUCGAUUAGUUGUUUGUCUAAUUAUUUUAACUUUCGCCCCAUCCAAAAAUAUUCAUUUUCAAUUUUGUAUAUUUUUGAAUUAUACUAUAUCAUACAAAAAUAACUUCUUUAAUUCAUGCACAAUGUAAUCGUCGCUCUAACAACUUUAGACAUUUUUUUUCUUCAUCAAGAAAAAGUAACAGAUUUCACCUGCACCAAGGCGGUUAAUGAUUGCUUCUCUUGGACCUCCUGCCCUAAGCUACCUAGGGACACCGGACACUGUUUUACCCCCGUGUCAGCCCAUCAACACCCUGAACCAAAUUUCACCAUCGCCGAGUAAUCCUGUGUUGGAGAUUCACUGUGAUGGAUCAUUUUUAAAUGAUUCCCAGAAGGCGGCAUAUGGCGUUAUUGUUGUUGAUGACCAUGGAGAUAUCUGCGACGGGAGGGCAGCCACGCUUGUUUGUUCCGCACCUUUGGAAGUGGAAGCAAAAACUCUCUUGGAAGCUCUCUUGUUGGCGUGCAACCGAGCGGUUCAAGCUGGAUCCGGUCCGACUGUCUUCCCUUGGUUCUGGCCCUUUCAGCUCCGCCAGAGUCUUGGCCUUGGAGAAUCGUUGCAUGGUUGGGGAUCAUGGCUGACAUCCUUCUCAGGAACCCUCUAAUCAAGGUUUCUUUUUUUUUUCCAAUGAAGUUUAAUGCGCGAGUGGAUUGGGUGGCACGAACGCUUGCGCGGGAUGAGCUCCCUCAGGACUGGAUUAUUAUCCUAAAUCUCAUUUCCCCCUCCUUGUUGUUUCGUGAGACUCUUGUAACGAUAAUGAAUGAACGUUCUCUCG